UACAAAAAGCGAUUUAAAAAAAUUAAUUGCCCCAGUUCCUUUUGGGCACCUUACCAUUUAAUCAUUGCAUUUUAUCAUUGCACCUACUCGUCUUGCUAAGACGAGUAGGUGAUAAGAUUCUAAGAAUACUGCAAAUUUCACAGGAAAUGACCUCUAAAGACAUAUUUCCUCAUUCACUUUAACUGUUCUCUGCACCAUAGCGUACUUGCUUCAAAGUAUUUGCUGCUUUUCGGGAGACAGAAUGAAGAACACCUCUUUUCAUCGCAUCAGCUUUGAGUUUGCAGGCCAAUUCCUGCCUCCUGUUUACAUCUUAGUCUUCGUCAUUGGUCUGGUAGCUAAUGGAUGGGGAUUGAAUUCUUUGCUGCACAACUGGAAGAAACUAAAGAUCAUCAAUGUUUUUGUUCUCAAUCUCGGACUUUCUGAUAUUCUGUACCUGCUCACACUCCCAUUGUUGAUGGUGUACCAUGUUUUAAACAGUAAAUGGAUCUUUGGAGACGCAUUCUGCAAGAUAACAAGAUUUUGCUUCAACCUGAAUUUAUAUGGCAGCAUCGGGUUCCUUACGUGUAUAAGUGUAUACAGGUACCUGGCUAUUGUCCAUCCAAUGAGAGUGAUGGGAAGAUUAACUGUCACUCACUCUGUGGGGAUCUCAGUCAUGGUUUGGUUCUUGGUGAGCGUUCAAAGUCUUCCAGACAUGUUCUACAGCAAAACAUUUGGAAACAACACUGAGCAAUGCUUCGAUACCACCUCUGACAUCUAUGUUGAUGAUUACAUUAAAUACAGCCUUGGAUGGACAUUUACUGGGUUUUGUAUCCCAUUGCUCAUCACACUGGGCUGCUAUGGACAUGUGACUGUCGUUCUCUGCCGCACAAAUACAACUGACAAGGUACUGAAACAAAGAUGCUUGAAGUUGUUGUUCAUCGUGAUUCUUCUCUUCUCUGUUUGUUACAUCCCCUAUCAUGUACUGAAGAACCUGAACCUCUGGUCAAGAAUUCUGCAAAAACAGAAUAUACGCCAUGAAUGGUCUAAUGGAGUCUACAUUGCUCAUCAGAUAAGUCGUGGCCUUGUGUGUCUGAACAGUGUUCUCAACCCUCUGGUUUACCUCCAUGGAAAUGAAGAUAUUCCUGCUCAGCUCAGACGACGACUCCAGCAAGCUCGUCAGAUGUUCAGCCGUCCGCCUCCAGCAAACUCUGUUGGUGUGCCUAUGGCACAAAUCACAGAUGGAGGUUAUAGAACAUGUUAAAACAUUUUGCUGUAUAUGUCAUUAUUUUUUUUCUAUUGCCACAUCUAUAUUACGUUUAUAUUUGUGCUAUG